AUGUUCGCCGAACUUAACGCAAAGGACCAAUUCAACGAACUGCUGAAGCAUUUGUCCUCCACAUCUUGUACAACGAUGCAGGCAGACCGAGUUGAAACCUCUUCUUCUGUCCGGAAAAAGAAGUGGAUGUCUCGGCGCAGAGGUGCAUGUGAUAUGUGCAAGUCGAAGAAAGUCCGCUGCGAUGGUGGAACGCCAUGUAGUUACUGUAACUUGCAUGAUCUGCGGUGCGAGUACCAGCUCUCGAAGAAGCAGCAGACCAACAAGCCUCCGGUGGCGUCAGCAGCAGAGGACGUUUCAAUAGUGCCGUCGUACGCAGAAAACAAUGGCUCCGGCGUCACUACACAGGUUCCCUCGCCGAGUGACGUCCAGGUACUGCCCGAAUUGACAGCCAACCGUGGUUCCGGAAAUGCGGGCAAUAUUCUCCAAGAUAUGAUGCUGGCCACAAAUGACCGGCAUAGCAUGCCGGUCAUGUUUGAUGGGUAUGCUCACGACAAUUUCUCGGCCUCGCCUAUCGAGUGGGUUGGCAGUGACAGUCUAGCAGCACCGUUCUCCGUCGACAUGGGCAAUCUGAACGCGCUGGGAACGCUACCUUGGUCACCCCCGAAAACCGCGUAUUCGGAACCGAAUCUGGACAUCCCGUAUCCAAUCGAACACACCACCGAUGUAUCAGCCAGCCUGCCUUCAAUCUCACAAUUCGAGCUGAAUUUGCCGCUGUCUCCAGCUGGACCCACGAGGGACAUGUAUGAUGAGAAGAUGUGGGAAGAAGUUAGCCCAAAGCGUCAGCGCCUCGGUAACCUGAGCCCGACUCAGCAAGACGAAGUAGAGGCAAUUUUCAGACGGCUCUCCGACGCUCAGUCUCAGAUGUCAUUUGGUCUCGGCGGCGAGCAGUAUGACUCCCAUUCGCGCUGGUAUUGGAGCGACACAGCAUUGAUGGAAAAGUGCAAAUCUGCUUGUUUUGAAGAACCCCUCGGCAUUUCCACCUUUUUGACGAGAUCACAUUUCGACGAUUAUGUCCAACAGGCAAGGGAGUCGCCAUCAAUUCAGGGCUUAGCAGUGAGACCACUGAUCGAUUCAGUGAUGGCUUUCGGCUUUCACAUUCUGGCCGCCAGAUCACAGCCCUCGGCAGGGUCUGAUGUGAGCAGGAAGGCGAUUACUCGAUUAAGAAUGGCAUUAAGCUCUCGCGAUGCCGUGCAGCGCUCGCCCGACACUCUCCUGAAACUGCAGAUGACAAUUUCGGAGCAAAUCGAUCACAAAAUCCACACGGAACUUCUGUCAUACGCCGUCAGCUGUGCCAGAUCCCGAAGAUUUCUGCACCGUGACUCGGUAUACAUGACCAUGACAAAAGAGAAAGAAUACUUGGCAAGAAGAAGCAUGUGGUACCUCUACUCGAUGGAAGUCGUCCAUUCCAUACGCGAUGGAAUGCCACCGAUCCUCACCCCCGACUGGACCGACUAUGCGCUACCCGAAGUCGGCAAGGACACCGAUACCGAUUGGCUGCUCAUUCAAUGUCAGCAUGCCAACGCUCUCAGCUCAGCGGUCAAUGCGCUCUACAGUCCAAGGGCUCUUUGCCAAACGGUGGCCGAGCGAGAGCGAAAUAUGAUGCAGGCACACAAGCUCCUCGAGAACUGGAGAACCAGUCUUCCAGUCCAUCUGCAGAAUAUCCAUCGGCACGAAACGGGAUAUGUCGCCCUCGACGACCAGAAGACGCGCCAUUUGACCUUGACCAUGGUUGGCAAGUAUCACGAGGCCAUCUUCAUUAUUUUCUUCCCGUGGACCGGAAGCCAGUCCAAAGGACUGAUCUCCGAACACUAUCGCAAGAGGAGUAUGGAGCUUUGCGUCAAAUCAGCCCAAGCUGUGUUGGCCAUCGCGGCUCGAAUCACAAGCUGUGACAUCCUCGGCGGAUCUCUAGCAAGCUGA